AUGGUGAAAUAUUGUUUCAUUAACUCCUUAGGAAUCCAUUUUGAACACAAGCUGGAGUUCAACUCAUCAUGGCCAAGCGAAAAAUUGGCGGUUGGCCAGAUUGGAGGUGUUGCCACUGAUAAAGAUGGGAAUGUGUACAUAUUCCAUCGAGGUUCUAGACAAUGGAAUGCACAAUGCCAUAUUUACUGUGCGACAUUCUGUGUUUUUAAAAUUCCUCAAGGAGAAACAUCACCUAGUUUGGUUCUUGGACACAGAUUCCAACACGGUUCGGACUUGACUUCUUUCUGUAAACCUACAGAUGUGGCUGUUCUUUCUUCGGGAGAGUUCUUUGUCUCAGAUGGCUACUGCAAUGGUCGAGUAUUGAAAUUUGCUCGGAAUGGAACGUUAAUUAGAGCUUGGGGAGAGAGACAAGACUUUGCUGCCAACCCUCCCCCGAUUGGAUCAUUUGACAUCUCUCAUAGCGUUACCGUAUCAGAAGAGAACAAUCUGGUCUGUGUGGCUGACAGAGAAAAUGGGCGGAUACAAUGUUUUGACUUGGAUGGUAAUUUCAAGCACAUCAUCAAACAUCCUGAAUUUGGGAACCGGCUUUUUGCUAUUGAACAGUCUCCUGUUCAGGGUGGUGUUUUAUAUGCUGUCAAUGGACCAUCAUUUAGUGGGCCCACAGACAUUUCUGUACAAGGCUUUACCUUGGACAUCAAAACAGGUGCCCUUUUGGAAACCUGGAACAUUCCUCAGCAUCUUCACAACCCGCAUGAUGUGUGCAUACAUACAGGUAGUCAGUCAGUGUAUGUUGGAGAGCUGAAUCCUCAGGCUGUGUGGAAAUUGUCCAGGCAACUACCCACUGCUGAGUCCACUACACCUGUACAUUGUUUGAUAAUUUAUGGUGAGGUCAGUUUCUGA